UUAAAAUAAUUAAAAUGCCGCGCACAAUCGAACACAAAAUAAAAUUAAUUGGAUCUACAACUCCUUCCUCUGUUAUAUCAGAGUAUGGAACUGUUGAACGAAGGAAGAGUCCUUCCAAUUUUGAUAAUGAAAUUUUACAUUCUCGUGGAAAUGAAAAUAAUAAUAGAAGUCAAUCAGCUAAUAGAAAGGCAAACGAAAUUACCUAUGGAAAGGAGAGCUUUGAGAGGAACUUACAUUACUCCCCUAAUGAGAUUGAACGUGAACAAUUUUCUUGUCGAACUUAUGGAGAGCGAUGCUCUUUAAACGGUGAGGACAACGAUAGGAAAGACAAGUAA